CUCGCGUCGUCAACAAAAAAACAAAAAGCACCAGCAGGGGAUCCCAAUUCCGACCGGGAGCCAGGCCAAAGGAAAAAAGAGAUGGAGUCACGAACAAGUUUCCUCGUGCGAUUGCUGCUACUCGCAUUGCUGCCCCUCAGCUUCGCCCUCAAAUUCGACAUCCAGGCGCAUCCCGGAGCAGAGUCGGCGAGCAAGGAACGCUGCAUCCGCAACUUUGUCGCAAAGGACCAGCUUGUCGUUGUGACGGCAACCAUCAGUGGACACAGAGGAGAUGGCCAGGUUUUGAACCUGCACAUCAAGGAUGCUGUUGGCAAUGACUACCACAGACCUCGCGAUGUCGCUGGCGAAGGUCGCUACGCUUUCACCUCUCACGCCGAUUCCGCCUUUGAUGUCUGCUUCGAGAACAUCCUGACUGGAAACAACGGAGGAUCGAACCCCAGCCGCCACGUUGAACUCGAUAUCGAUAUUGGUGCCGACGCAAAGGACUGGUCUGCCAUCCAAGCCGGCGAGAAACUUCAGCCCGUCGAGACGGAAUUGCGCAGAAUCGAAGAGAUGGUCGCAGAGGUUGUUGGCGAGCUGGACUACCUCCGCAUCCGCGAGCAGAAGCUGAGAGAUACCAACGAGAGCACAAACGAGCGUGUCAAGUGGUUCGCCUUUGGCACCAUGGGUAUGCUGGUCGGCCUGGGCGCAUGGCAGAUUGUCUACCUGCGCGCCUACUUCAGAUCAAAGCACCUCAUCUAGACGAGUCGGACGGUUUCAUGCAUUUUAUGUCAUUCCAGGUCGGAGAGCUACGUCUGUGUUAUAUGCAGCAAUGGUUCAUAGGUACUGUAUUAGCAAUAACAGCCUCUCUCCCUCG